CGAGCGGCCCCGCUCACAACGACUAAGUGGUGGACACGCAGCACAGCGGAGCACCGUCCAGCAAGCAGGCAGCGAGCCAGCAGUUGUCGCAGCGAAGCGCGCAGCCCCAGCGUUCCACCACGGUAGCCGCAGGAAGCCCCGUGAUGGCGAGCGACGAGAACAAGGCCCCCGCGGACACCACGGGCGAAAAGGAGCAGCAAGACAAACCGGAGAAGCAGGAGACGGGGGCGGCCGACUCGAACAAGCAGGCCGAGCAGCAGCAAGAAUCUGCUGGCCAACAGACGGCGCCGGCGCCAGCCAAGCCCGCGCCCGCGGUGCACAAGGCCAACUUCGAGAAGGACGUCGUCUACCUGUACCAGUUCUCCCGCACGCCGCUCAUCCCCUCGCUGUCGCCCUACUGCCUCAAAGUGGAGACGUGGCUGCGGCUCGCCGGGAUCAAAUACGAGAAUGUUGAUCACAAAAUGAAGUUCCGGUCGAAAAAGGGACAGCUGCCAUUUGUAGAGCUGAAUGGUGAAGAAAUUGCUGACAGUACCAUCAUCCUAAAAGAGCUGGGACAAAGAUUUGGGAAAGACUUGGAUGCAGGUCUGACAAAUGAUCAGAAGAAUGUCUCUCAUGCAAUGAUCUCAAUGAUUGAGAAUCAUUUAGUUUGGGUGGUUGCGUGGUGGAGGACAAAAUACCCAGAUAAUGUUAUCAAGGGAUAUAAAGUAAACCUGCAGCAUGCCCUUGGCUCAAAAAUCCCUAAUGGAAUAUUAAACUUCUUCUUCAAGUUCACAUUUGCCCGCAAGGGAGCCAAGAAAGUGAAAGCUCAGGGAAUUGGUGUACACAAGCCUGAGGAAAUAAUUGAAUUUGGUCAAAAUGAUCUCAAAGUACUGUCAGAUAUGUUGGCAGACAAACCUUUCUUCUUCGGAGAUGAGCCGACGACGUUGGAUGUUGUAGCAUUUUCAAGCUUGGCUCAGAUAUAUUUCAUUGAAAAGGAGGUUCAGUAUUCGCUAAGAGACUACAUGCAAGAGAACUGUGCAAACCUUGUAGGCCAUGUGAACAGAAUGAAAGAAAGGUGCUUCCCUGACUGGGAAGAGAUCUGCAAAACUCUAGAUCUGAACUCUCACCUGCCUAAACCUCCACCAGAAGAGAAAGAGAGCAAAGGAAAGGAAGAGGAAAAGAAAAAGGAGAAAGAUGAGAAGGAAGGUGACAAGGAGGGUGAUAAAGAGAUUGAAAAAGAGAUUGAGAAAGAAAAGUCUGAAAAAGAAGAGAAAGAAGUUGAAAAAGAUGUAGAGGAGAACAAGCAGAAAGAAGAAAAAGAAUCAAAGUGAAGAGUGUGAUAAGAAAACCUUCCCUGUCCCUCCCAAGUCCUUUAUUUGGUGUCUAAGUGUGUUGUGUGACCCAGCUUAGCUCACUGCAUCAAAACUCUCCUCGGCCGCCGGCCAACCAGCUUGCAGUCGAUGAGACAAGAGCUUUUUAUGUUCAUGUGCAACACAAAUUAAAGAAUUGUAAAACCAUUUUAUAAGAAUUUUUAAAAAAUUCGAGAGUUAUUUGUGUAGCUUUUUAUGGAAGUUUUUCUAUACAGUUGUGUGUAUUAAGAGAAAUACUAAUGACAGUUAUUGUUUAAAGUUAUGAAAUAUGGAUUUGUUUUCCUCUUCAACUUUUUGAGAUGUGUUUACUACGAUACAAAGUAUUCCAAUAUUCAUUCCACUAUACCAUCUGGAUAUUUUGAAGACUUUUCAACAUAAUUGUGUUUGUAGAAUCAUAGAUUUUAGUCAAGGAGAGGGUUCUGGUGAAAAGAAGCCUUUUCUGUUGGCUCAAGAUUUUACAAUUACAUUUAAUGGAAAAGGUGAGAUUCUAGACUGAGCUGGCCAGCACAAGAUUUAAGGCAUUAAAUUUUGAGUAGAGAAGAAUGAUGUGAAAGACAGAGAUGCCCAGAAUAAAGUGAAAAUACUGUAAGUAGAUAGAGAAUCAUUUUCCCCUUAAUUUCCUUUCAUUGUAACUAUUAUAUCAAGCUGUAGUGGUAUGUCUUUUAUGUACACUACAGCAUUUGAAGGUCCUUGACUGCUGCUAUUGACAUCACACACCUGAAUAAAUUUGUGAGUGAUUGUUAUGUGGUCAAGUGAUCCCAGAUUCUGAAACAAAAUUGCAUAUAUAAAUGUAUGUUAGCUGUAAGAACCAUUUUAUUUUGAGAAUGAAGUGAGCUACUAUUCCUCCUCGUUAAAUGUUCGCAUGAAGACACUUAAUGUGCAGGUUUCACAAAGUCUGCAAACAAGUGGGGAGGGGCAAUGCUCUUUGUGGUGAAACAACCAAAUAUGGCAUCCCUGGAAGUGCAACUGUGAAGGAUGGUUUUAGAUUCUUGGGACCAGACAAGCAGUGGACACUUUUAUACACACAUACAGUACAAGAGCACAUAAGAUUAAAAAAUGAUAAAUGACUGAGCAACGAGAUGGUAAGAGCUUGUUUUUCUCUGUACAGUGUGUAACCAAAUAGUACUGUUUGUUUCACUUUUUGGUACCUUAGGAAUGACUGAUAAACUGUACAGGGUAAUACAUGCUUAUAAACCUCAGUGUCACUAAAGAGUGAAUCAUGACAUUUUUGGUUCAGUGAGUUUUGAGGCAGCUUGGUACAGCAUGAAAGCUGCAUAUAGAAUGUUUAUACUUUAAAUAAAUGUGAAUUGUCCUUAUUUCUUCCCUACCACAUCAGCUUGUUAGUGUAGCCAUAGCUGUAUAUUAAGAUUUUAUUAAAAUAUAAUUUAAAGUGUCACAGCAUGUGAAUAAAGAUUGAAUGUGUGGUGCAGCAUGAAAAUGUGUAUUAUAUGGAGAUGUGUGUUUUUCAUUCUGCAACUGGAAGAGGUGCUUGCCCUUUCUGCAGAUGGCAUUUUGGACUCCAUGAAGCAUAUCAGGGGAUGAUUUGGCAGUUAAUGUUGCCUCAACCAACCUGCCAACAAUUCUUGGGGUAGAAUAUACAUCUUACAUCUCUCUCCCCCCAUUCCUUUACCAAAUCCCUGUUAACAGUUGACUGUGUUUUAGAAUUGCAAAUACUCAUAGAAUUAUAUUACUAUAUGGCAUACCCUCCCUCUUUCACUCCACAUACUCUUUAAUUCAUAGAAAAAAAUAUAUUAUAUAUAUUAUAUAUAAAUAUAUCAGCUUUUUUGCUUUAUGGACUGUAAUUAAAAUUUGGCCAAUAAAGGUAAAAUUCUUGAUUUUC